AGAAACAACAAAACAGGAAAACUGAUAAGAAUUUCGCGAUAAGCAUUAUUUUAAGUUUUUAAUUUACAUUUUCAUUUCUUACACCAUAAUUCCACAGUACUAAAAGUGCCCUUCGAUUUUCUUUUAAACAUGUCAGACCUUGGACCAGAGCACCCGAGAAAUUUGAUUCCGGAGCUGUGCAGACAGUUCUAUCACCUCGGAUGGGUUACAGGCACUGGAGGAGGGAUAUCAAUUAAAGAAGGUGAUAAGAUCUACAUCGCACCGUCUGGAGUACAGAAAGAACGCAUGAAAUGUGAUGAUUUAUUUGUGCAGACAAUCAACGACGAAGAUUUGGAGCUACCACCAGCAGAGAAAAAGCUAAAGAAAAGUCAGUGCACGCCUCUCUUUAUGCUGGCGUAUCGCGAGCGAGGCGCGGGCGCCGUCAUCCACACGCAUUCGCCGCACGCCGUACGCUGCACACUACUCUAUGACAAGGAGUUCACCAUAACGCACCAAGAGAUGAUCAAGGGAAUAAAGGACGCACAACUCGGUCGCUACCUCCGUUACGACGAGAAACUCGUGGUGCCAAUAAUUGAAAACACGCCCUUCGAGCGAGACCUAGCCGGCAGCUUGGGCGACGCCUUACAACGGUACCCUAGUACCAGCGCGGUACUGGUGCGGAGACACGGUGUCUACGUAUGGGGUGACACGUGGCAGCAAGCGAAGACCAUGACCGAGUGCUUUGACUAUCUCUUUGAAAUGGCAGUGGAGAUGAAGAAACUGGGGUUAGAUCCCGCGCACAACCCGGAGACAAGUGAAAACGGACAACUUUAAGGACGGACGCAUCAUUUCAGCCACAUGGGGAGCGAUUCUCUUGGCAGUCUUGGCACAUCCACAAUUCAACAUUCAUUUUCAAGUUAAGUUCCCAAUUGUAUUUUUAUUUUCCAUUUAUCGUCUAUGCAAGACGACAAAAAUCAAGAUUUUUUUACUAAAACCAAAGAUGUAAGUGACUAGCUAAAGUUUUAGAUACUUAGAGAUCAUAAUCGCUCCACUAUACUCGACGCAAAGAUCCGUGGCAGGCGGGGCCAUAAGUAAUUUUUGACACUCGCCAAUAUCUAUAAAGCCUUGAUCACACGUACCGAGUAAACUGGCGAGACAGUAAAA